GACAUACGGGCGGGGCGGGGCGGGGCUAGCGUCGUCGCGUCAGGGUGACGUCUCCCGCAGGCGUCGGGCAGUGUCGGAGGCGUCGGCAGCGCUUUCGGCGGCUGCCGGUGGGAAAUGGCGGAGUAUUUGGCCUCCAUCUUCGGCACCGAGAAGGACAAAGUCAACUGUUCAUUUUAUUUCAAAAUUGGAGCAUGUCGUCAUGGAGACAGAUGCUCUCGGUUGCACAAUAAACCAACCUUUAGCCAGACCAUUGCCCUCUUGAACAUUUACCGUAACCCUCAAAACUCUUCCCAGUCUGCUGACGGUUUGCGCUGUGCUGUGAGCGAUGUCGAGAUGCAGGAACACUAUGAUGAGUUUUUUGAGGAGGUUUUCACAGAAAUGGAGGAGAAGUACGGUGAGGUGGAGGAGAUGAAUGUCUGUGAUAACCUUGGAGAUCACCUCGUUGGAAACGUGUAUGUGAAGUUUCGCCGUGAAGAAGAUGCGGAGAAAGCUGUGAUUGAUUUGAACAACCGCUGGUUCAACGGGCAGCCCAUCCACGCUGAGCUUUCCCCCGUGACCGACUUCCGGGAAGCCUGUUGCCGCCAAUAUGAAAUGGGAGAGUGUACACGAGGCGGCUUCUGCAACUUCAUGCAUCUGAAGCCCAUUUCCAGAGAGCUGCGGCGGGAGCUGUAUGGGCGCCGGCGCAAGAAGCAUCGAUCGAGGUCCCGGUCCCGGGAGCGUCGCUCUCGGUCUAGAGACCGUGGUCGUGGCGGUGGCGGAGGUGGUGGCGGAGGCGGUGGGGGACGGGAGCGUGACAGGAGGCGGUCAAGAGAUCGUGAGAGAUCUGGGCGAUUCUGAGCCAGGCCAUUUUUACCACCUGCACAUCAUCAGCCCUUGAAGUGAAGAUUAAUCUACAUCAAUCACUUUGGGUAGAAAUGAAACCAUACUUUUUCUUUUUUUUAAUGUUUUUAUUGAUUUCAGAGAGGAAUAGAAAUAUCAAAGAGAGAGAAUCAUUGAUCAGCCAUCUGCACACCUCCUACUGGGUAUCAAGCCUGCAUUCCAGGCAUGUGCCCUGACCAGGAAUCUGACUGUGACCUCCUGUCUCAUGGGUCAACCCUCAACCAUUGAGCUACACCAGCUGGGCUGUUUAUUGAUUUUAGAGAGAGGAAGGGAGAGGGAACAAGAGAGAUACCUGAUGUGAGUUGCUUCCUAUACCCACUUGAUGGGGUAUUGAACCCACAAUCUGGGCAUGUGCUCUGACCUGGCAUCAAACUGGCGACCUUUUGGUGCAUAGGAUGAUGCUCAACCAACUGAGCCACACCUGGAGCCAGAGUUGAAACCCUAUUUUAAAUUUAGGUUCUAAAACAAAACACCAGUUGAAGUAAAAUUCACAUGGGAAAAGGCCAGAUCUGUUUCUAGUUAUGUACAUAUUAACCAGUAGCCCAGAAUUUCUCUUCCGAGGCUGAGUAGAGGUGAGGAAAGCCUGUGAGGCCCCUUUACUUACUACUUAGUAAGUAAAUGUUUAGACGUCAUUCUCUGUAGAGUCCACUGGCGUUGAUAGGGAAGCUAAUCUUGGGACCCAGUGCAGUCAGCGUUAUCUCUCUCCAUUGAAUUGUCUAGUGUUGCUUUGAGAGCCACCGUGCACUCCUAAAACAUGGGUGUGCAUAAAACAGGAACGUGCUGGUGCAGCCCAGGAGCUAGUGAGGGGUCACCUGUCAUGUCACAGCUGACUGCUAUGUUGUUAAACGACUGGAUUCACGUGGACUCAGAAGCCUGCAGUGCAGACCUGCUUUUCUGCGUGCCCCAAGUGAGCAAGAUGGGUGAAUGCCUCGUCAGCACUUCGCAGAGUCCAGCUGGCAUUUCAGGACAAAAGUAAACAAGGCCUCUCCCCUUGAGAUGUGGACGCUUACGUAGGAGAGGUGUUCAGAAGACCAGGCCCACUGUGAAUUCUUAGGUCUGGACAAGCAACUUGGGAAGAAGGCUGGGGUCCAUCCAGGAUGUGGGCUCAGAUCUGAAGUCUUUGGAAGUGGCCAGAUGAACUGGGCCGUGGAGGUUGAGCUCCCCUGCCAACCCCCCACAGGCAGAGGGCCUUGUAGCAGACAGGGAACAAAGGAAGGAAAGGCCUCAGGGGAUUGGGCUCGCUAGCUCAGCUAAUCCACAUGGCCUUUUGAGAAAUAGGGAACAGCCGAUCGCGCUGUCCCAGUGCAGGCAGCAUGAAAUGCAGUGAAGUAGUUUCAGCAAUCACAAAGAUGGAUUGAUUAUGUUAUUAGAAGUGUCUACACAAGGUGUCCCCUUCACACUGGUCAGAAUGGCUAGCACCAAAAAAUGAUGUGAUGGCAGUGCGGAGAAAAUAGAAUUCUUGUGGAAUUGUAAAACUAGAUUCCUCAAAAAUUUUAAAAAUAUAAAGACCACAUGAUGCAGCAAUAACUCAUGUAUGACUGUUUGUCCAAAGAAAACGAAAACACUAACUUGAAAAGAUGGGUGCACCCAAGUUCAUUGCAGCAUUAUUUACAAUAGCCAAGAAAUGAAAACAACCUAGGUGUCUAUAGAUGAAUGGAUAAAGCAGAUGUGAUACAUAUAUACAAUGGAAUAUUGUGGAAUCUAAAAACAAAACAUAAAUAAACAAACAACCAAAGAUACAUAGGACAAACUGGCGGUUGCCAAAGGGGAGAAGGAUUGGGGGUGCUGGGUGAAAAUUGGAAAAGAUGAGUACAGGUUUAGAAUAGCUGAGAUGCAUGUGAGAAGUGUGGCCUACAGAGGUGUUAGGUCAUGAAAGUAAAUACAGUAUUCAUUGGAGAAAACAAAGGCCCACACAGCAACCACCUUCAUGGGUCAGCCAUACUUGACACUUAAGUCUGGUUUAAGGAAGAGUUCAGAGGCAAACAUCCUGGUGAGUGCUGCCAGAACCCAGACCGGCCGUCAGGCCAGGAAGCCCUUUGCUGCAGGAAACCAGUCAGCAUUUGUAAUUUGGUUUCAUUUUUAUUUUAUUAAGAGCUACAUAGACUUCGCUGAACAGUCUUGCCUGUGUUUGAAUUUCUAUGUAGAUGGAUUUAUAUUAUUUUGUCUUUCUUUCGCUCAGCUUGUUCGUGACAUUCAGUUAUGUUGUUGGACACAGCUAACUUGCAGUUUGCAGCUUGAGGUGUAGCAGUGUGGUUAGAGAAGAAGAGAAUGGUUAAUGCGUGGUGCUGGCAUAACUGACUACUCGGGAAAAACAGGAGGAAGAAGGAAGAGGCCCUCCUGGAUGGCGGAGGGAACAAGGCAAAUUCCACGGCCAGAACGAGCGGGGGCUGCAAAGCUCAGGAUAGGCUGGGACAGGGUGAGGGUGUGCUGUGGAGAUGGCAGCCCUCCUGGGACGGAGCCUCUGAUCAGAAAGGCUCAGGUUUCAGUUUUGCCUUUUCAGUCCUGGAGUAGGAGGCCGGUCACUCGGGUUUUAGAUGAACAAUGAGGUUGGGCACCUUGUUCUGGCCAUUUGUAUGUCGAUGAACCCUCUUCAAGUCUGCCCAUUUUUCUUCCCCUCAUUGAGUGAGUGGGUUGUCUUUUUCUUAUUUCUAGGAGUUCUGUACGUAGUCUGGAGAGGAGUCUUCUGUUGAUGUGUAUUUAUCCCAGACUGUGGCUUGCCCCCUCUCAGUGGUGAGUUGGAUGAAUGUGUGUCCUUGAACAUAAGCCGGUCCAACUUAUGCAUCUUGCCCAUGUGGACAGAGCUUUCUGGGGCCUGUUUCAGGAGAGAGGGCUCAAGGCUGCCCCCAAAGGCGUUAACCUCCAUGGAUUUUUUUCCCUUUAUAAACUUUAUUAUCGAUAAAGCUGAUUGGAGAACAUGAAUUUGGAUUUUAAGGUCCAAAAAAUAUGUAAUGUCAUCUCCAUUCAUGGUUUGACCUUGGGACAACCCACCUGAAGGACAGCCUAGGUCUGCAGAGCAACACGGCCACCAGGAUGGCCCCCUUGUAUCAGACGGGAGGGGAGAGAAGAGAGCAAGUCCCCAGAGUUGGGCACCUUGUGAACAAACCAGGGUCCUGCAGCCAGGACAUAGGGGCAGGUUAGUGUCGGAGCCUCAUCACCCGCCCAGCAGACGCUGCACACCUGGCGAGGAGGGGUGAGCGCCUCUGGGUAGGUGCUUCCUCUUGGACUGAACGGAAGGCCCCUCCCCACCUGUGUUCCCUGGGGUCCUCUCAGCCCACUGGAUGGAAGCCAGGGUGGGCUGGGAGGGCACCAACCCUUGUCAAGGCUGUCCCCUCACCCCCUGCUCCUCUGGCUCCUGGUUCCAUGACUUCUGGCUUCCACCCAAGAAGGUUUUGAACAGCUGAGAACCCUGCAGUAAUUAACCCAAGGGCUCAGUCUCCCUGGCCAGGGUGGCUCCCCAGCAGCUGGGCAGGAGACCAAAUGAGAACAGAACCAGCCAUCUAAACUGCUGGGCUUGGGAAAACACAACUUCUAGGUCGAGCUUCUGAGACAGAACACGGUCCCUGUCUACAGCCCAAGGCCUUGUUCCCCCUCCUGCGGCCAACCAUGUGGCUGCCUUCCCGUGCACCUGUGGCAGGAGUGGCAGGACAGGCCUGAAAAACAGCCACUGACGUCCACGUAGCCAUCGGGAGAGGUCCCUGCCCAGAGAUCUGUCAGCCAGUGUGAGGUCACUCGCUCGGUGCCUGCGCCUGGUGGGUUUUGUCUGGCUGGAUGACGGGGAGAUGGGGUAGCAUGGCUCUUAGGGAGGGGACCUUCCCUUUCUCCCUCGUAGGACUUACUAUUAGAGGGAGCACAAGAGCUCUCACGCCCACCCCCUGGGCCCCCAUCUCAGGACAGUCUGCAGUCUUUUGCUCAGAAGAUGCCACACCAUCCAGGUGCACUUGUCUCCCCCACAGCCUGUGUGUCCUUGGGGAGAUGUUCAGACCUGACAGCAGAACCUGAGAAAACCCCCAUCUGAAUCUGGCAACAAAUAUUCAGGCACCUGCUUCAGAUCUCAGGUCUUUUUUUUUUUUUAACAAGUUGGGUCACAUGAACUUACCAUUUUUUUUUUUUUUUGUGGAUCACAAAAGUUCAUUUCAUGUGGUUCAACCUAAUAUAUCCCAGGAUUGGGCUGAUGGCCAUUGCAGGAGUGGUGAGAAGCUCAGUGGGAGAGGCAGGGCAGGAGUCGAAUCCCAGGUCUAAGUCCUGGCUCCGCUCUUCACUGGCUGCAGACUGGCCUCUGUGCCUCGUUGUCCUGCCCUGCAAAGUGGUGAUCAAAUAGCACCCACUCCUUUGAUUGUUAUGAGACUCCACUAGUUAAUACAGGUACAGCUUCCAGAACAGUGCCUGGCACGUGCCUAGUGAGAGCUCAGUAAUGGUUAGUUUGUGGGAACAGUAUUAGUAACUGAAGGCAGGUACAGGUGGUGGAGAGGACAGCAGAGGAAUAAGUAGCCACCCUAAUAGUCCUGUCUUACAAAGUGAAUAGUUGACAGAGGAUGUAAAAAGUUACUGAGUACAAAACUUGUAUUCUGAAAGUGACAAAACCGUUGGAAAAGUAAAGUAGACCUGCUUGGCUGGUUUGGCUCAGUGGAUAGAGUGUCAGCUUGUGGACUGAAGGGUCCCAAGUUCGAUUCCAGGCAAGGGCAUAUGCCCGAGUUGCGGGCUCGAUCCCCAGUAGGGGGUGUGCAGGAGGCAGCCGAUAAAUGAUUCUCAUCAUUGAUGUUUUGCUUUCUCUCCCUCCCUGAAAUCAAUAAAAAUACAUUUUUAAAAAAAAGUUGGAAGACUUCACUUCCUGAUUUCAAAACUCAGUGCAACAUUAAAGUAAUAAAAACACGGUGUCACUGGCACAAGACAGGCAUGUAGAUUCAUGGAAUAGACUUGAGGAUCCAAAAAGAAGUUUUUACAUCAAUGGUCAUUGAUUUUUGACAAGGGUGCCAAACCAGUCCAUGGGGAAAGAAAGUGUCUUCAAGCAGUCGGUGCUGGAACAGCUGGCUAUCUACACACAGAAGAAUGAAGUGGGAUUCUUACCUCACAGCAUCUACACUGCAGUGAUUCAAAAUGGAUCAAAAGCCCAAAUAUAAGAAAUAAGACUUAUUUAAGAAAUCAUUGGGGGUAAAUCUUGAUGACCUUGGAUUUGGCAAUGGUUUCUUAGAUCUGAUCUCAAAAGCACAAGCAACAAAAGAAACAAAUAAAUGGAAGUUCAUCAAAAUUGAAAGCUUUUUACAUCAAAGACACAAGAAAGUGAAAGGACACCCCACAAAAAGGGAGAAAAUACUUUCAAAUCCUAUGUCUGAUGUGUCUAGUGUCCAGAAUAUAUAAAGGACUCCUCCAACCAAGAGGCCACCGGUUCGAGUUCCAGUUAGGCCACAUGCCUGGGUUGUGGGCUCAAUCCCCUGUGCAGGGCAUACAGAAGGCAGCCGAUCAAUGAUGUUUCUCUCUCAUCGAUGUUUCUAUCUCCCUCUCAAAAAAAAAAAAAAAUCAAUAAAAAAUAUAUUAAAAGACGCCUCCAACUCAACAACAAAAAGACCACCCAAUUUAAAAAUGGGCAAAGGAUCUGAAUCUACAUUUCUCCAAAGAAGAUACACACUGGACAGACAAGUACAUUAAAAACACUUAACAGAACUUGCCAUCACACAAAUGCAAUCAAAACCACAAUUAGGUCCUACUGCACACCCACGGGGUGGCUGUGAGCCAAACAACCAGUGAGAGCAAGUGUAGGCGAGCCUGCGGACAGCCCGGGCUCCCCUGCAUUCCUGGAGGGAGGGAAUGUAAAUGGUGCAGCUGCUGUGGAAAGUCUGGCAGCUGCUCACCAAGUCAAACAAUCACCAUGUGGCCAAGCAGUUCUAUUCCUAGGCAUGGACCCAAGAGAAAGGAAAACGUAUGUCCACACAAAAAUGUGCAUGAGUGUUCGUUCACAGCAACGUUAGCCAUAACAGCCAAAAGGUGGAAACAACAUAAAUGUUCACCAACUGAUGAGUGGAUAAAUAAAAUGUAUUUCACACAGCGACAUUUUAUUUGACAACUAGGGGCCCAGUGCACGAAUUCGUGCACCUUGAAAGGUCCUGUGGGCUGAGAGGCUGUGGUAGGCACAGAAGUGGAUCUCAGUCCAUCCUCCCUGCCCCUGCACAGCCCCUCCCUCUGUGGCCCCGGUUCUCUGUCUGCCAGCAGCCCUGCUCCCGCUGCCACUCACAUGUGCUGACGGUGUCAGCCUUGCUCUCACCCGCUGAUGGCACCAAGCAAUCAGGACUGGUGCUGGGCACCAGCAGCAGGUGCGAGUGGCGGCUCCGGCACCAACUGCGGGUGUGAGCGGUGGCUCUGGUGCCAGCAGCAGGUGCAAGCGCCGGGUGGGACCACAGUGUGCAAGAGCAAAGAAUUUUCAGUAACCACCAGAGGCUCACUCCAUGACAGCAACCAAUGCCCUGCCUUGGUCUGGCGCCCCUGCUCACCUGCUCCACCAUUCCGCCACGGCCAACGUCCACCAUUCUCUGCAUGUGCUUCCUGGUGGUCAGCGCAUGUCAUAGCGACCGGUUGUUUGGUUCUGCUGUUCUAUUUGCAUAUUCACCUUUUAUUAUGUAGGAUAAAAAGAAGCAAACAUGCCCUAACCGGUUUGGCUCAGUGGAUAGAGCGUUGACCUGCGGACUCAAGGGUCCCAGGUUCAAUUCCAGUCAAGGGCAUGUACCUUGGCUGUGGGCACAUCCCCAGUAGGGGGCAUGCAGGAGGCAGCUGAUCAAUGUUUCUCUCUCAUCAAUGUUUCUAACUCUCUAUCCCUCUCCCUUCCUCUCUGUAAAAAAUCAAUAAAAAUAUAUAUAUAUUGAAAAAAAAAAGAGAGGCAAACGUUACUACAUGGAUGGACCUGAAAACAUGCCAAGUGAAGGAAGCCAGUCACAAAGGACCAUGCAUGAUAUGAUUCCCUUAUAUAAAAUGAGGCCCAGUGCAUGGGAUUUGUGCACUGGUGGGGCAUAGCAUGCGGGAAUUGGACUGCUUUGGGAGCACCUCUCAUCCUGGUCAGCUGAGCGGCUGUGGACCCGCCCUCUGAGUGGCUGCUCCCACUGUGGAGAGCAGCCACUCAUUCCGGUCAGCCAAGCGGCACUCCCACUGUGGGAGCACACUGACCACCAGAGGGUAGCUCCUGCGUUGAGCUUCUGCCCGCUGGUCGUCAGUGGGGUCAUUCUGAUUGUACUGCCAUUCGGUCGCUGGGCUUUUACUAUGUAGGAUGUGUAGAACAGGCAAAUCUAGAGAGACAGGAAGUGGAUUAGUGGUGGUCUAGGGCUAGGGAAUGUGGAAGCAUUGAUGUGGGGACUGAUGGCUAGGGGGCGUGAAGUUUCUAUGGUGAUAAACACAUUCUAAAAUUGACUUUGUGAAUGUACUAAAAGCAAUUGAAUUGUACCCUUUUAAAAAAUAUUUUUUAAUGAUUUUAGAGAGAAACAUAGAUGUGAGAAAAACGUCAAUCGCUUGCCUCCUGCAAGUUUGCAAACCAGGCAUAUGCCCUGACCAGGAAUCAAACUUGUGAACUUUUGGUGCAUGGGAUGAUGCUCAACCAGCUGAGCCACACUGGCCAGGGCUGGAUUGUGCACUCCAAUGGGUGAAUUGUAUGCUAUGUGAAUUGUCUCAAUAAAAACUGUUACAAAUAAAAAGAUAUUUAAACAAA